CACAUCUCCACAGCAGCACCACCACCACACCACCCACUCUGACCCGGCAUCACACAACUCGGUGGCCCCUGGACUGCAGCUAGGAUGCGGAUCUGGUCGUGGGAACAAUGUGGGGAGACUAGCCUGGUGCUACUGGGGUUCCUCACCCUGGGAUUGUCUGUAGGGAACCUCUCAACCAGGGGACAGGAGGAUGGGGCAGCCUCCAACAGUCUGGAGGAUGAGCUGGAGUCCACCACAUUCUGGUGGGGGGAGUGGGCCAAGUGGACCGCCUGCACUCGCACCUGUGGAGGUGGGGUCAUGUCCCAGGAGAGGCACUGUCUCAAACAGAGAAAGAAAGCAGCCGCUGGUAGAGACAACAUGACCUGCACUGGCACUUCGAAAAAAUACCUCCUCUGUAACACCAAGGACUGCCCUUCCUCUGGGAGAAGCUUCAGGGAAGAGCAGUGCUGGUCGUUCAACUCGCAGGUCUACAAUGGCAGGAACUACCACUGGAAACCCCUGUAUCCCGAUGACUAUGUCCAUAUCUCCAGUAACCCAUGUGAUCUGCACUGCACCACAGCCGACGGCCAGAGACAGCUGAUGGUUCCUGCCCGAGACGGAACAUCCUGCAAGUACAGCAACUACAGAGGGGUCUGUGUGGAUGGCAGAUGUGAGCCAAUCGGGUGUGAUGGAGUGCUCUUCUCGCCCAAUACACUGGAUACGUGUGGAGUGUGUCAGGGGGAUGGCAGCAGCUGCAGCAGGGUCAAUGGAAACUUCCGCCGCGAGGCCACCAGUUUGGGUUACUCCUUUAUCACAACAAUCCCUGAGGGUUCCUGGGACAUCCAGAUCAUUGAGAGGAAGAAGUCAGCUGAUGUUUUGGCUGUGACUGAUCAGGCGGGGAACUUCUUUUUCAAUGGAAACUACAAGGUGGACAGCCCCCAGAACUUCCAUGCGGCGGGGACCGUCUUCAAGUACCGGCGGCCCAUGGAUGUGUAUGAGACGGGGAUCGAGUACAUCGUAGCCAAAGGGCCCAUCAACCAGGCCAUCAAUGUUCUGGUGUGGAACCAGAAUGGUCGUAUCCCUUACAUUACGUACGAGUACACCGUCCUACGGGAGUCCCUGUCCCCCAUCCCUCAACCACCUGUCUACACCGGCCCCGACAGCACCACCCCUGGGGUUUCCGUGGAGAUGGGCAGUAUGGUGGCCCCCAACGAGAGCACGUAUGACAAGGCGAUACCUGAGACUCAGCAGAACCGUUUGUUGAAGAAGGGGGCUGAGAUGGCAGGGGCCGAGGGCCAGGAGACCAAUGAGGUGAAUGAGGAUACAGCAGCCAUUGACUGUGACCAGAACAGCCCAACCCUUCCACAAUACACAGAUGGCAACAGCAGUCACACAGGCAGUGUAGCAGUCCCUGCCCCGGCAGCCAGCAGGCCUUUAGAGGAGGUGGCAGAUCCAGAGAACCUCAUCUGGAGAGUCUUGCUGGGUGAGCGGAUUGGUCCAGAUGUGGGAGAGGGACUGUUCUCGUCAGAGGUGGGGCCAUUGGAGGUAGACCAUAGCAGUGUGAAGUUCCCCCUCAAAAGCUCACUGGGGGAGUUCAGUCUGGGCCGGCGGAGGAAUGAUACUGGAGACCUGCUGUUCCCCAACAGGACGUUGCUGACAGGGAUGAGGAGCAACAACCGUACCAACAGAACCAGGACCAUUCAGAGGUUGCUGCAGAAGAACUUCAAGCUGAGCCCUGCAGACAUGUACCGCUGGAAACUGUCUUCUCAGGAACCCUGCACCUCCACCUGCUCUAUAGGAGUGUCAAAGUCCUUUGCCAUGUGUGUGCGCUACGAUGGAGUUGAGGUAGAUGACAUGCAGUGUGACAAUAUGACCCGACCUGAGCCUGUUCAUGACUUCUGCAUUGGGAGGGAGUGCCAGCCCAGGUGGGAGGCCAGCAGUUGGAGUGAAUGUUCUCGUACUUGUGGUGAGGGCUUCCAGUUCCGUCUGGUGCGCUGCUGGAAGAUGCUGUCCCCCGGGCUGGACAGCUCUGUGUACAGUGAUCUCUGCACCGUGGCAGAACUGGAGAGGCCCCUGGAGCGCCGUGCCUGUAAGAGCCCCACCUGUGGCCCCCAAUGGGAGGUGGCCGAGUGGACUGAGUGUCCAGCCAAGUGUGGCCACAGGGCCCAGGUGACCCGGGAGGUCAGGUGUUCAGACGAAACCAAGUUAUGUGAUCCCCCGACCCGCCCCCCUAACAUUAAGAACUGCACAGGCUCGCCCUGCGAACGCCAGUGGACUGUGUCAGAGUGGGGGCCAUGUUCGGGGUUGUGCGGCCAGGGGAAGAUGGUACGCCACGUGUACUGUAAGACACCAGAGGGCCGUGUGGUGCCUGAAUCUCAGUGCUCUCCGGAGAAUAAGCCCCUGGCCAUCCAUCCCUGUGGGGAGAAGGACUGUGCCCCACACUGGCUCACUCAGGACUGGGAGAGGUGUAACACGACAUGUGGCCGCGGUGUGAAGCGGAGGAUCGUGCAAUGCGCCGGCAUCAACGCUGGGAAGUUCCAGACCCACGACAGCGAGGACUGUGGUGCCAGUGAGAGGCCAGAGGACGAGAACACCUGCUUUGAGAGGCCCUGUUUCAAGUGGUACACCACACCCUGGUCUGAGUGCACUAAGAUGUGUGGUGUGGGUGUUAGGAUGAGAGAUGUAAAGUGCUACCAGGCUAGGGAGAUCGUGAGAGGGUGUGACUCCCUGACCAAGCCUGUGGCCAAGCAGACCUGCGCCCUGCAACCCUGUCCCACUGAACCCCCAGAUGAGAGCUGUCAGGACCGACCCACCACCAACUGCUCUCUGGCUCUGAAGGUGAACCUGUGCAGUCACUGGUACUACAGCAAGGCCUGCUGCCAUUCCUGCAGGGCCCAUCACACCUCUUAGUAUUGCCUGACACCCCCAAAGCCUUUCCCCCAUAGUAGGCUACUCUACUACACCACACUAGGCUACUCUACUACACUACAGUAAACUACUCUACAGUAAGUUACUCUACUACACCACACUAGGCUACUCUACUACACUACAGUAGACUAUUAUACAGUAAAUUACUCUACUACACCACAGUAGGUUACUCUACUUCACCACAGUAUGUUCCCCACAGUAAGUUACUCUACUACACCACAGUAGGCUACCCUACUUCACCACAGUAAGUUACUCUACUACACCACAGUAGGCUACUCUACUACACCACACUAGGCUACUCUACUAUACCACAGUAGGGCUACUCUACUACACCACAGUAGGCUACUCUACUGCACCCCAGUAGGCUACUCUACUACACCACACUAGGCUACUCUACUACACCACACUAGGCUACUCUACUACACCACACUAGGCUACUCUACUACACCACACUAGGCUACUCUACUACACCACACUAGGCUACUCUACUACACCACAGUAGGCUACUCUACUACACCACACUAGGCUACUCUACUACACCACACUAGGCUACUCUACUACACCACACUAGGCUACUCUACUACACCACAGUAGGCUACUCUACUACACCACACUAGGCUUCUCUACUACACCACACUAGGCUACUCUACUACACCACAUUAGGCUACUCUACUACACCACAGUAGGCUACUCUACUACACCACACUAGGCUUCUCUACUACACCACACUAGGCUACUCUACUACACCACAGUAGGCUACUCUACUACACCACACUAGGCUACUCUACUACACCACACUAGGCUACUCUACUACACCACACUAGGCUACUCUACUAUACCACAGUAGGCUACUCUACUAUACCACACUAGGCUACUCUACUACACCACACUAGGCUACUCUACUACACCACACUAGGCUACUCUACUACACCACAGUAGGCUACUCUACUACACCACAGUAGGCUACUCUACUACACCACAGUAGGCUACUCUACUACACCACACUAGGCUACUCUACUACACCACACUAGGCUACUCUACUACACCACACUAGGCUACUCUACUACACCACACUAGGCUAUGGUAUAUCCAAAGGGAUAUGAUCUAAAUAAGGAAAAAACAGUAGAAUAUUAUAGAGGCUUCAGUAUGAACCACAACCACAUACCUUUCUUUCAGAGGUUGACAAUUGGGCACAUGCAAAGACUGAAACCCUGAAGUAUUAAGAGUCAAGCGGGGAGACGAGAGAGCAAAGAGUGAACUGGUGCAUCUAUUUUUGUCUUUUGAAGAGAGAAUCCUACAUCAGAAAUCUCUUAAACCACACAGGGCCAUACUUAUGUGGAAAGAUGCAUCAAAUUAUUUCCUGGUUGACUAUACUGCAUGUCUAGACUGUAUUUAAGGUAAAUAUUGAUUAUAUUAUUUAAUUAUAUUUUUAAUUAGUGUCUGGCACAAGGACGGUGGCCUUACUGAGUGUUAUCCUUGGCUAUGCUAUAAGAAAUAGUACAAUAUGUCAAAGAAAGGUUUUAAAAAAUGUCUCAAGACUCAUUUCUGCUUCAUCUCUUGUAAGUGUCUCAUUUUAUUCUGCCCAUUCUAUUGUUAUUCUGCCCAUUCUAUUGUUAUUCUGCCCAUUCUAUUGUUAUUCUGCCCAUUCUAUUGUUAUUCUGCCCAUUCUAUUGUUAUUAUGCCCAUACUGCUAUUUCUAUGUUAUUAGUUAUUUUUUGCAGGACAUACAAUUUAUUUAUUGCUCAUCACACAUGAUUUUAUCAAUCGUGGCAUAUAAUUCUCGAAGUUACUAAAUGCCAGUUAGCUAAAUGUGAUUGAGUGAAUUGAGAGGGUAAGACUGAAGACAUACAGUAUGACCAUCCAGUUAUCCCAUUUAUGAACUGAAAGAUUCCUGACACUUGAGAAGGUUGAAAUACAUUCAAGAGUGUGUGUCUCAUAUUGGCAAAUAUCGUUAUCUAGUUUACUGGUUUUGUUAACUGAUGCCUCUUUGUCCAAAAAAGUUAUCAUUGACAUUUUGUACUGUUAUCAACUGAAAUGCUCAAUGUAUCUACCUGUAUUUCCAUUAA